CUUGCUGGCUCUCUCCCUUUCUGCUUCCCCCCUUCCCCUCGCUUUUUCUCUAGCUCUGGGGUCUUAUCGUAAAUACAACGUUAGAGAACAUGACGUCGAACGGACGAGUGUAUUUCUUUCCCGUCGUCAUUUUCUCUAUUUUAUUAGUUAAAUGUUCCGUAAUUUAUUCCAGCCAAGUGCCUGGUGGUGAUACUCUGUGUGCGUACAAUGAGCCGUUUGAAGCUCAUUUACAUGAAGAAGGCGAUGGGAUAUUUCGGAUUCAAUUGUGCGCUUGUAGUGGUGUCGGCGACCUCAACGUGGCCGUUGUGGCUAAAUCAGAGGCAAUGUGUCAUUCGUCCGGCGUACACCUAGAAUGGGAUCGGAAUGCAACUAUUGAUCGACGUUGCUUGAUGUCUAAACCGUCAAAUUUCGAUCAACUUGGAAGCCUGGUUCUCUGCCAGCCGACCGAAAAGGGACUGUGGAAGACGUCAAUUCCUCUAGUUUUGCCUUACGUUAACCGCGGCAUUCGUUCGGCUAACGAAACCGCUCCUGCUGUUGCGGUUGACUUUCAACCGGCUGUAAUUACGGGCCUACGCGUGGAAGAGGUCGAUAAAGGAGUCAGCUACGAAGAUGGAGUUUCAGUUGUAUUGGCUGGCGCAACCGUCUCAGCUCGUAUGUUCGGCUAUGACUUUAGCAACGAAUCCGAGUUCCGUUUCGUAAUGGCAGCCCGUGAUAGAGGGGCCGACUGUGAUAACUUGCCAUUCGCCGUAAAUGUUCACAUCGAUAAAGGCUCAUUGACGGCAUUCUCGACACUGGUAAGUUUCCGCCUGCCGAGCACUGAUCAGUUGGUCGAUGAAAGUCUGAUGGGCGAUGAGACUCCAGCCUUCUACAUCUGCUCGUUGGAGCGGGCCAACGGGUACAGUCGCUGGACCCAUCAAGGCAGGGAACCAGGAGUCAAAGUGCGGACCUAUCAGCGUACGCUUCCCCUUUGGAUUCAAGUGAUCAUCAUCAUCAUUCUAAUGGCUUUUUCGGGUCUCUUCUCCGGUCUCAAUCUGGGUUUGAUGGCGCUUGAUCGCACAGAGCUGAAAAUCUACGAAAAUACUGGAACUGAAAAAGAGAAGCAAUAUGCCAAGACCAUUAGUCCCGUCCGCAAUCACGGAAAUUAUCUCUUGUGUACUCUGCUAUUGGGAAAUGUCUUGGUCAAUAACUCGCUCACCAUUCUACUGGACGAUUUAACUUCAGGACUCGUCGCUAUUAUAGGAUCUACGAUAGGCAUUGUCAUCUUUGGUGAAAUCAUUCCGCAGGCAAUUUGUUCUCGAUAUGGACUUGCCAUUGGAGCACACACCGUCUGGAUUACCAAAUUUUUUAUGCUGAUUACUUUCCCGAUGUCGUAUCCCAUCUCGUUGAUCCUGGACCGGAUAUUGGGCGAAGAACUUGGAGCAUAUUAUAACCGAGAAAGGCUUAAAGAAUUGAUCAAGGUCACAAAAGAAUACCAUGAUCUCGAAAAAGAAGAGGUGAAUAUCAUUGCUGGCGCGCUGGAACUUCGUCGCAAAACAGUGGGUGACAUUAUGACUCGUUUGGAAGAUGUCUUUAUGCUCAGUUACGACUCGCUGCUUGAUUUCGAAACUGUUUCUGAAAUUAUGAAACAAGGGUUUUCGCGAGUACCAAUCUACGACGGAGAACGGAAUAACAUCAUUGGAUUGUUGUUCAUCAAAGAACUUGCCUUAGUCGAUCCUCAGGACGCCAUUCCGUUGAAGACCUUGUGCAGGUUCUAUAAGAAUCAGUGCAAUUUCAUUUUCGAGGACACGACACUCGACAUCAUGUUCAAAGUAUUCAAGGAAGGCCAUAAGGGACAUAUGGCCUUUGUUCAACGGGUCAAUUGUCAAGGAGAUGGAGAUCCCUUCUACGAAACCGUCGGAUUAGUCACUCUUGAAGAUAUUAUCGAAGAAUUGAUUCAAGCUGAAAUCGUCGAUGAAACAGAUGUUUGGAUGGACAAUCGCAGCAAACGCCGACGAGAAAAGGGAAGGCUUUUCCAAGAUUUCAGUGGCUUCGCUUUGCAAUACCACGAACAGACGGCCCACAAGAUCUCCCCGCAAUUGGCUCUAGCAGCUUUUCAAUUUCUUAGUUCUUCAAUCGAUCUCUUCAAGCCUGAAUUGAUCUCAACAAAUGUUCUCCGACGAUUGAUGCAGCAAAGUCAAAUCAUACGUUUUAUACGCGUUAAUAAGAAUGCAGACAAAUCUGAUCAUAAUCCGGCCGAGACGUUCAUUUUCCAACAGGGUAAACCGGCCGAUUAUUUCGUACUGAUCCUUGAAGGCCGGGUGGAAGUGACUGUAGGGAAAGAAAACUUAAUUUUCGAAAGUGGGCCAUUCAGUCAUUACGGUUCACAAGCCUUGAUGUCCUUUCCAUCAGCAAUGGAGUCGGCGUCGUCUACUCAACUUUCUCGCAGCGUUCAAUCGGUUCGAAUGGCAGUUUCACCCGAUGGUGGAGGUGGAAGUGCAGCCCGUGGGCAGACCUUUGUCACUGAUUACACGGUCCGUGCCGUAACCGACGUCGUCUAUUUUUGCCUCAGUCGUGUACUGUAUCAAGCCGCUCGAAGUGCCACCGUGCUGGAAAGGACGCAACGUGGUGACGCCACGAAGCGGAUAUCGGACUGUGACAGCAAUUUGGAACAAGUCAUAGUUUUUCCUAAUGGAGAAGACGGAAUUGGUUCAGGGGAUCAAACACUCAACGAAAAUUCACCGCUUAUCACGCAGGGCAGAUAUUGUACAGAUUAUUUGAUGUCCAAUACCACCACCGUGAUUGCAUUGGGCACCCAGGAUGAUGAAUGUUUAUUGAACGGCCCAUCACAACACGCUCAAUCGAGUUUCCCUAUUGGAGAUAACCCCGAAAAUUAGAUGAAAUCAUGGGAGGAAAAUUCAGUGCUGCAAAAAAAGUUAUAUCCUCUUGCCUGAGAAGUCUCUUAAGUGUAUUUAGAGGAAAAGCUGAAAAUGAACAUGAUCAUUUAAAAUAAUAAUACAAUAAAAAUACCACUUUUGCUAAUCAAAUGAAAGUGACAAGCUAUAGGCAUCAUACAAAUCCAGAAUAACAAGAAUAGAUUUCUCUACGUUGUUAAAUCCCUCGCAUUAUUUGCACAGUCACACAUUCUAAGAAUUCAGUUUCUAUGCAUAAUAGUGAGAUCAAAGUAUGUUUGAAAGUAUUUACGGUAUAAAUUAUGUGUCUGAAGUUUUGCACGAUUCCUUUUUGCGAUACGCAGUCCUUAUGUAACUAUUAAACAUUUAAACCUGUCGGUCUUCCGUCAAGAACGUUAUAUCUAGCUUUAGCUAGAACUUAAUACAAAACUCAGUCUUACAA